AUGGCGGACCCAAAUAAUGUCGCGCAGUACAAGUACUCGGCGAUGUCCAACCUGGUCCUCCAGGCGGAUCGUCGAUUCGUUACUCGCCGUGCUGAUGAAGUUACCGGUGAUCCAGAGUCCCUGGCGGGCCGCCUUAGCAUCAAGGACAUGGGCGCUCACGCGAUGCGCCCAGAAAUGAAGCAGAAGAAGGCAUCUGCACCAAAAGAUAUUGAGCGUGGAGGUAUAAGAGAGGGUGCUGAUGUCUUGAAAAGGGAGCAGCGCAAAAGAAAACGAGGGGAGCAGGCACAACUUCGAGGUGUUGGGAUUCUGUCCGCCGCAGAUGCCCUGAUCGAAGGUCUUAAAUACCGGCCACGAACAGCUGCAACCAGAGCUACAUAUGAUUUGAUAUUGACCACGACGGCGAAUCAUCUUGGCGAUGUUCCACAUGACGUUAUUCGGAGUGCGGCAGAUGCUAUACUAGAGCUCUUGAAAGAUGAGAACAUGAAAGAUUUUGAUAAGAAAAAAGAAGUGGACGACUUGUUGGGUGUUUCAAUGGGACCAAAAGAGUUUAACGAACUGGUAAACCUGGGGAAGAAAAUUACAGACUACGAUGCCCAAGAUGAUGAUGAAACGAACGGAGCUGGUGCAGAAGGGCAAGAGAGUGCUGAGCUAGACGAGCGCCAGGGUGUUGCUGUUGUAUUCGAUGAAUCCGAUGAAGAUGAAGACGAAAUACGGCCCGAUACUGAGGUAAGAGAUGAGGGAGAGACCAGUGAGGGUGAAGAUAUGUCUGACGGAGAGGGGCCAACGGCGAGUGAAGAUGCCCGACGUACACCUGAGGAUAUGCUGGGCAUGGGGGACGAAGACAUGAUCCUUGAUGCGGGAGCUGGAGCCGUCGCUGAAAAAUCCGAAGGGAGCAGUAAGAUUGUACCCGCUCGUGAGAUUGAUGCAUACUGGCUACAACGACAAAUCGGAAGUAUAUACUCCGACGCCCAUGUACAGCAUGAGAAGGCCCAGGAAGCUUUUGCCCUGAUGAGUGAACAGUCAGAGGAUGGUACACCAAAGGCAUUGCGAGAUGUUGAAAAUGACUUGAUGGAACUGUUCGACUAUGACCAUCCGGAGCUUGUUGGAACCCUGGUGCUCAAUCGCGAUAGAAUCGUGUGGACGACAAAGUGGAGAAGGGAAGCUGAAGAUACUGAUGCUAGGCAUCUUAUCGAAAGCCAAAUGAUAGAGAGUGGACACCGGCAUUUACUAGAUGAACUCACUGGCAAAUCCCAGGACCUCUCCUCAGAACGUCCUGGGAAAAAGUUGAAAGUAGAUUUGAUGGAUGUAGACGUUCCUGAGGCCAUAAAGGCGGACGAAGCUGAGGCUAAACUAAGGAACGUCGUUGGUGGACUACCUCCAUCAAAGGUUAUCAACCUCGAGAACUUGGUGUUUGAUCAGGGCAACCAUCUGAUGACCAAUCCCAAUGUCAAACUUCCUCAGGGCUCCACGAAGCGGACAUUCAAGGGCUAUGAGGAGAUCCACGUCCCCGCACCAAAACCCAAGCGUGAUGAUGAUAUCCGGAGAAUACCGAUUACUGAGCUCCCGGACUGGUCACGGCCUGGUUUUGGCAACACUGAUAAACUGAAUCUUAUUCAGUCAAAAUGUUUCCCUACAGCUUUCAAUAACGAUGGAAAUAUGCUUAUUUGCGCCCCGACUGGAUCAGGCAAAACGAACGUUGCUAUGCUUACAAUGCUUCGUGAAAUUGGCAAAAACAGAAACCCAGAAACCGGUGAAAUCAUGCUUGACGAUUUUAAAAUUAUUUACAUAGCUCCAUUAAAAGCAUUGGUUCAGGAACAAGUAGGGAACUUUGGAAAGCGCCUUCAACACUAUGGCAUCCGAGUCUCUGAACUCACCGGUGAUCGUCAAUUAACCAAGCAGCAAAUCGCAGAUACCCAACUUAUUGUCACCACUCCGGAAAAAUGGGAUAUCAUUACGAGAAAAGCCACAGACACAAGCUAUACUCGACUAGUCAGGCUAGUAAUUAUUGAUGAAAUCCAUUUACUUCACGAUGAGCGUGGCCCUGUACUAGAGAGUAUUGUGAGCAGGACGAUACGAAAAACAGAGCAGACUGGCGAACCCGUCCGGCUUGUUGGGCUUAGUGCAACUCUCCCUAAUUAUCGUGACGUUGGCAGCUUCUUGCGUGUUGAUCCUAUCAAUGGCUUAUUUCAUUUUGACGGCACUUUUAGGCCUUGUCCAUUGAAGCAGGAGUUUAUUGGUGUCACGGAUAAGAAGGCUAUUAAACAAUUAAAAACGAUGAACGACAUCUGCUACACGAAAGUCCUUGACCAAGUAGGUGCCAACAAGAAUCAAAUGCUGAUAUUCGUUCAUUCACGAAAGGAAACCGUUAAAACCGCGAGAUAUAUCAGAGAUAAGGCUGUGGAGAUGGAAACAAUAGGGCAAAUUUUAAGAAGUGACGCUGCCAGUCGGGCCAUCUUAGCGGAAGAAGCCGAUUCAGUUAAUGAUCCUGGACUUAAAGACCUGAUGCCGUACGGAUUCGGAAUCCAUCACGCUGGAAUGAGCAAGGCAGAUCGAACGUCUGUUGAAGAUCUAUUUGCCGAUGGUAGCUUGCAAGUACUUGUUUGUACAGCUACUCUUGCCUGGGGUGUUAAUUUGCCGGCACAUUGUGUUAUCAUCAAGGGAACACAAGUCUACUCUCCCGAGAAAGGUAGCUGGGUUGAGCUUAGCCCGCAAGAUGUCCUUCAGAUGCUCGGGCGAGCUGGUAGACCUCAGUACGAUUCAUUUGGAGAGGGCAUUAUCAUCACUACCCAGACAGAGUUGCAGUAUUAUCUCUCCCUGCUUAACCAACAACUCCCCAUUGAAAGUCAACUUAUGAGCAAACUUGCUGAUAAUCUCAACGCUGAAAUUGUUCUUGGAAAUGUACGGUCCCGUGAAGAAGGUGUGGAAUGGCUUGGGUAUACCUAUCUUUUCGUCAGAAUGCUUCGUUCCCCCGGACUCUAUAGCAUUGGCGCCGAUUAUGAACAUGACACUUCCCUUGAGCAGCGUCGUGUGGAUCUGAUUCACUCUGCGGCUAUGGUCUUGGAAAAAUCUAAUCUCGUUAAAUACGAUAAGAAGACCGGCAAACUCCAGGCCACUGAACUCGGACGCAUUGCUUCACAUUAUUACAUCUCCCAUAGUUCCAUGCUCACAUAUAAUCACCAUCUGCAGCCUAUGAUUUCUACCAUCGAUCUCUUCCGCAUUUUCUCUUUGAGUGAGGAAUUCAAAUAUAUUCCUGUACGCCAAGAUGAGAAAUUGGAACUGGCGAAACUCUUAAGUAGAGUCCCAAUUCCAGUCAAGGAGAGCAUUGAGGAACCCCACGCCAAGAUUAACGUGUUGUUGCAAGCUUUUAUUUCUCGUCUGAAGUUAGACGGGCUCGCCCUGAUGGCGGAUAUGGUGUAUGUCACUCAGUCUGCUGGCCGUAUUCUCCGUGCCAUCUUUGAGAUUACACUUCGAAAGGGCUGGUCAUCGGUAGCAAAGACAGCCCUUGACCUCUGUAAAAUGGCUGAAAAGAGGAUGUGGCCAACCAUGUCUCCGCUACGCCAAUUCCCAACCUGCCCUCGGGAUAUCUUACAGAAAGCCGAACGGAUUGAUGUUCCAUGGUCAAGCUAUUUCGACCUAGAUCCACCGCGUAUGGGUGAGCUUCUAGGUAUUCCAAAGGCGGGUCGUAUCGUAUGCGAUCUUGUGUCAAAAUUCCCUCGACUCGAGCUACAGGCUCAGGUACAGCCAAUGACACGUUCGAUGCUUCGCGUGGAGUUGACCAUUACACCUAAUUUCACCUGGGAUGACUCCCUCCAUGGAAACGCGGAAUCUUUUUGGAUUAUUGUUGAAGAUUGUGACGGUGAAGAUAUUCUUUUCUAUGACCAGUUCAUCCUGAAGAAAGAGUAUGCGAUGUCAGAAAUGAACGAGCAUUUGGUAGAAUUCACAGUUCCUAUCACUGAGCCCAUGCCACCCAACUACUUCAUAACUUUACUUUCUGACCGAUGGACACACUCCGAAACCAAAGUUGCCGUUGCCUUCCAAAAAUUGAUCCUUCCCGAGAAAUUCCCUCCGCACACUCCACUCUUAGAUAUGCAGCCUGUUCCGGUGAAGGCUGUGAGACGGGCAGAUUACCAAGACCUAUAUCCCGACUGGCAAAAGUUCAACAAAGUGCAGACACAAGUAUUCAAGGCACUAUUUGACUCUGACGAUAAUGUGUUCAUUGGUGCCCCUGUAGGGAGUGGGAAGACAGUAUGCGCCGAAUUUGCUAUCCUGAGACACUGGUCUAAGGAAGAUUCAAGAAAGGCAGUAUACAUUGCGCCAUUCCAGGAACUUGUUGAUCAGCGACUUGCGGAUUGGACUGCUCGCUUGGCUAAUGUUGCCGGAGGUAAAUCGAUCCGGAAAUUGACAGGAGAGACUACAGCCGAUCUCAAGAUUCUCGACCAGGCAGAUCUUGUCCUUGCGACGCCUAUUCAGUGGGAUGUCAUUUCCCGACAAUGGCAGAGACGCAAGAAUGUCCAAGCAGUUGAACUCUUCAUUGCAGACGACCUCAAUAUAUUAGGCGGACAAGGAGGAUACGUUUAUGAAGUUAUUGUAUCACGAAUGCACUACAUUUCUCUUCAAACAGAGCAAGAGCUACGAAUCGUUGGCCUUAGCGUGCCAUUAGCAAACGCCCGUGAUAUUGGAGAAUGGCUUGGAGCUAAGAAGCAUACCAUUUUCAAUUUCAGUCCUCACGUUCGACCUAUUCCUCUGGAGCUACAUAUUCAAUCUUUCACCAUCCCUCAUUUUCCAUCGCUUAUGCUUGCAAUGGCAAAGCCUGCUUACCUAUCUAUUCUUCAACUAUCCCCCGACAAACCUGCGAUGAUAUUCGUGCCAAGUCGCAAGCAAGCGCGAUCGAGUGCCUUGGAUCUCUUUACUACUUGCGUUGCGAGCGAAAAUGAAGACCGUUUCCUCCAUGCUGAUAUCGACGAGAUAGCACCUCUACUCGACAGGAUCGAAGAGAAAGCAUUGGCGGAAUCAAUUUCUCAUGGCAUUGGCUAUUACCACGAAGCCCUAAACACAAGUGAUAAACGCAUUGUUUCACACCUCUACAAAAUUGGUGCCCUCCAGGUCAUGAUUGCGUCCCGGGAUGUGUGCUGGGAGCUUGACCUUACAGCUCAUCUCGUUAUUAUCAUGGGGACUCAAUUGUUUGAUGGCCGCGAACACCGAUAUCUCGACUACCCAAUUAGCGAAAUUCUUCAGAUGUUCGGCAAGGCUACACGUCCUCGCGAAGAUAGAAUUGGCAAAGGUGUGCUAAUGGUCCCUGCUGUUAAACGUGAAUAUUACAAAAAAUUCCUCAACGAAGCGCUUCCAAUGGAGAGCCAUCUACAACUCUACCUUCACGACGCGUUUGUGACGGAAAUCAGCACGAAAACGAUCACGUCUACCCAAGAUGCUGUCGACUGGAUGACUUAUUCGUAUUUCUACCGACGGCUUCUCGCCAACCCUAGUUAUUACGGAUUGAGCGAUGUUAGCCAUGAAGGGCUAAGUACAUUCUUGUCAGAGCUUGUCGAAAACACGCUCAAAGAGUUGGCAGAAGCACAGAUAAUUGAUAUGGAUGAGGAUGAUAAUAUUGCUCCACUGAACGCUGCCAUGAUUGGAGCCUACUAUAACAUCUCCUUUAUUACCAUGCAGACCUUCCUUCUUUCGCUCUCACCACGGACCAAGCUCAAGGGAAUGCUUGAAAUCGUCACAUCUGCCACAGAGUUUGAAAAUAUCCAAGUACGACGACAUGAAGAUUACAUCCUUCGCCGUGUUUAUGAUCGAGUACCUGUCAAAAUGUCCGAUCCAGCCUUUGAUUCACCACAUUUCAAAGCCUUUGUUCUCCUACAAGCACAUUUCUCACGCCUUCAACUGCCAAUUGACUUGGCAAAGGAUCAAGAAAUCAUUGUUGGAAAGGUUCUUACCCUCCUCAGUGCCUGUGUCGAUGUUCUUCCCUCCAAGGGCCACCUGAACGCCAUGAAUGCCAUGGAGAUGUCGCAGAUGGUUGUUCAAUCCAUGUGGGACAGGGACAGUCCGUUAAUGCAGAUCCCCCACUUUGGUCCAAACGCUGUCAAAGCUGCCAACGAGUUCAAGUAUGUCCCCAUGCACAUAUCACAUAUCACAGUGGAUAAAAAUGCUAACAAUUAUGCUAGGAUACGUGAUAUCUUCGAGUUUAUGGAGGCUAUGGAUCCAUCUGAGAAUAAGGACUACAAUACCCUUGUAAAACGGCUCGGCCUUGAUAACAAGCAGCUCGCCCAGGCCGCUGCUUUUACCAAUAACAAGUACCCAAAUCUUGACCUCGAUUUCACUGUCCUUGAUAAAGAAAAUAUCACUGCUGGGGAACCAGCCUAUCUUAAGGUGAAGAUCGAACGCGAGCUGGAUGAAGACGAGGAACCAGAUACCACUGUGUCUGCUCCAUUCUAUCCUGCAAAGAAGAUGGAGAAUUGGUGGCUCGUGGUUGGUGAGGAAAAAACAAACAGCUUACUCUCGCUCAAGAGGGUAACUGUAGGCCGAAAACUUGAGAUGAAGCUGGAAUACAUCGUACCCAGCCCUGGAGAGCAUGAGCUAACCCUCUAUCUUAUGAGUGACAGCUAUGCAGGAGUCGACCAGGACCCUACCUUUAAAAUAACAGCUGCUGAGGGCAUGGAUGAGGACGAGGACGAGGACGAUGAUGAAGAAGACGAGGAGUAG